AGACGAUGUUAUAGAUCAUAUUCAAUGACGAAACUAAACACGUGUUUCUGCUCGUCUGGCUUUUAAAAUUGUGAAAUUAAAAUGGCUUCGUUUAAGAAAACUCAAAUCAGAAGUUUGCCGAAGAUUGGACAAAAAGUUACAGCAGAUACAUUGUACUGGAGAAAAUUGAACUUUCCAGUUACUGUCAAAGAAUUUGGUCCGAUCGAUUACAUCGAUGUUAUGCCCGUAGAACCCUACUUUUUUGCCGUUUCUAGUGCCGCAAAAGUUCAAAUCUACAAUCCAAUCACACAUCAAGUUCAUAGGCAUUUUACACGAUUCAAGGAAGCAGCUUAUGGAGCUUCCUUCAGAUCGGAUGGCAAGCUGGUUGUUGCUGGAUGUGAUGAAGGGCACAUUAAACUUUUUGAUAUUGGAUCAAAAUCAUUGUUGAGGAUAUUUAAAGGACACAAAGGACCUGUUCAUCGCUGCAAAUUUACAGUGGAUAACACUCAUGUUGUCAGUUUCUCAGAUGACAAAUCAGUUGCCUUAUGGGACAUUCCUAGUGAAACUGAAAUCAUAAAAUUUUCAGAGCAUUCAGAUUAUGUGAGAGCUGGGUGUGUUUCAAGCAUAAGCUCAGACCUUUUUCUGUCUGGUUCCUUUGAUCAUACAGUCAAGUUGUAUGAUGCUAGAAGUCCUAGUGGUAGCACUAUUUCAGUAGAUCAUGGUUCUCCAGUGGAGAGUGUUCUCAUGUAUCCCAGCAAUUCUAUUUUCGUUUCUGUUGGUGGAACUGAACUCAGAGUUUGGGAUAUGUUAGCCGGAGGUCGAUUACUUGCGAGAGUGUCACAGCAUCAUAAAACUAUUACGUGCCUACAUUUGGCAUCCGAUGGGAAGCGUCUUGUAACUGGUGGUCUGGAUCGUCAUGCUAAGAUCUAUGACGUCCAAAGUUAUCAGGUGGUUCAUACCCUUGAUUUCCCCUCCCCAGUCCUUAGUUUAGGAAUCACGCCGGACGAUUUCACUGUGGUAGCUGGCAUGGCGAAUGGCUUAAUCUCGAUGCAACAUAGGCAAACUCAGGCUGAAGCCAGAGCUUUGAAUCCAAAACAAUCGCUUAAAGUACAGAAGAAGUCACAAACCGCAUAUCGCUUUCGUUUAAAUGCCGAUUUUCGAUCGGUCAAUCGAACUUUCAAUCCAGCCACAGAUGUUGAGGUUGCCACGAAAACUGACACCAAUUUUGUGUCUCGAUACGAUAUGUUUCUUAGAAAGUUCCAGUACAGUAAAGCACUAGAUACAGUUUUAACCCCAUACAUAAGAAAGAAGAAACCGGCCAUUACUGUGGGCGUAAUGCAUGAGCUAAUACGACGAAAUGGCUUGAAAUCUGCCUUAGCUGGUCGUGAUGAUAGUUCUUUGUCAUCUAUAUUGACUUUUUUGGCCCGAAACAUUAAUGAUCCGAGUAACGCAGGCAUUUUAAUUCAAGUGGCAAAUACGCUAUUAGGUGAUUAUAUUUUUACUUGUUUCCUGGUCUACGAAUAUUCUUUAAAAUUUACUCUUAUUAUAGAAAUAUACGAAAGCAGUAGUUUGACACCUCAGUCAGAAAAGCUGUUUCUUCAACUACAGGAACAUGUUAACCGAGAAGUCGAGUACGUAAAGCAUUUGAUGGAAAUUGAAGGAAUGCUUCAUAUUUUGCUCGCCUCAACUACCACUCAAGCAAGAAGGGGUUCUCCGAACGUCGUGCAAGCUACGCCCGUUAAACCUAUGCUUCCGUCUGCGGCAGCCGCUGCAAAUGCCACUAUGAUUUACAACGUUGGAUAGCUGAAAACUUAAUAAAAGCGGGAACAUUUAAAACGGUAAAGAAAUCGCAUACUUCGUUUAAUUUCACAUAAUGUAAUAAUUCCCAAAUGUUCAAAAGUUGCACGACUUUGAGAAAAGUAGUUGAAUACGAAAAUAAUGCGAAUGGUGUGAGGA